CUCUUCUUGCACGGCACGAGACCAGAACAAAAGCGUGCGCUGCAUCAACCCGGGGCUGAACUCGACGUAGUAUUUGAUUUGGUCGGUCACGUUUUAAUUUUGCGAGAAACAAUCAAGAAUCCCGAAAUAGUUGAAACGGCCUGGACUCUCAGCGUGCAUAUUAAAUGCUCGAAAAUGCAUUUCAUCAAUCUCAGAGGACUCGAAGACGGCUCUCUCCAACUCUCACUGCAAAUGAAACGCUCGGCCUGUCUUGCGAAAGGAAACAAGAUGGUUGUCAAGCAAAAGUCCCAAGGAUUCGCCGCUCCUCAUCUCGAAAGCAGGCUUUUUGCCGACUUCUACUCAUGCAACUGGUCGAAGCAGAGAAUCGAGCUCUUCCUACCGGAGGAGCGGAUCAAAGGUUGGAAAACUGCGGCCCUCAUUCUCAGGACGUUCAAAGAAAUCACGUCAGCGCACUGGUGUCAUAUGGUCAACAUCGUCAAACCUCCUCCUGUAUCUGUUCUGGAUUGGAGAGGACUCGUGGAAUAUCUCUGGGCCGUUGAAAAGAAAGAGAAGGAAACAGUCAAG